AUGUCAAAUGCGUUAACCUUACUUUUUUCAUUAAUUAAUUUUUCAAACUAGUAAAUAGAAAUGAGUAAAUACGCAAAAUACACGGAUUUAAUUAAACAAACUACAGAAUACGCUAGACGUAUGAAUAGACUCAGCAACAGAAUAUUUGGUGAGGUGGUUCGACCUACGAACGCUAAAUCUAUGAAAGUGGUAAAAUUAUUCAGUGACGAACCUAUUCAUCUAAGAAAAGAAGUUCAUGCCUAUUAUCCCAGACACAUAGAAAUCGGUAAAUUGAUGAUGAAGUUGAGAUACUACGGUUUGUAUAGAGACGAACACGCCGAUUUUCAAGAUGAGAUGGACAGAAUGCGGGCAUUGAGAGGGAAGGCUAAACAUAUCAGAAAAACUAAAGCAGAGAGAGAAAAAGAAGCAGCUUCGAAACAAGCGUAAAACUUUAUGUAGUUGUAUUAAUAAAUGAUGAAAUUUCUAGUAUGUUAUAUAUAAUAUAUUGUUUGAAUAUAAUUCAUUUUCCAUAA